AUGGGCCAACUCUUUAUUCCAGUUAUAUGCAUCGGGGUUGUUGUGUGUGGUGGCGUGAACUCACUUAUGACAAAAUAUCAGGACAACCAAUGUGUUCGGGAUUGUCAAGGAGCGUCACCAGUCUACUUCAACCAGCCCGUACUCCAAACCCUCCAGAUGUUCAUUGGGGAGAUGUCUAUGCUAGCUUUGUGGUGGUUUCAGUUGAGAGGUACGGGCCGCCAACAGCACGAGUUCGACAAUAAACCCUUAAUUAAGGGAAGGUCAUACGUUCUUUUAGCACUUCCAGCAAUCUGCGAUAUCAUUGCGACAACUCUGAUGAACCUUGCAUUGGUAAUGAUCCCUGUUUCGAUAUACCAGAUGGUGAGGGGGGCCAUUGUAUUUUUUGUCGCUCUCUUUAGUGUUUUAUUCCUUGGGAGGCAAGUAUGCCGUCUCGAGUGGGCUUACCUCGCCACUAUUGUAGCCGGCGUCGCCGUUGUUGGCUACAGCGGUCAGAGCGCGGACACGGUAUCGGAACAGUCCUUUUCGAGCUCUUUACUUGUCGGAGUUUUGCUAAUACUGUUUGCUCUGCUUUUCAUGGCGACGCAGUUUAUCGUUGAAGAGCACGUAAUGUCACGCUGGGCCGUCAGCCCUGUUGGAUUGAUUGGACACGAGGGGCUAUUCGGCUCUUCAAUUACUGUUGCGCUACUUGUUGUCGGCAAUUACAUGGGUGGGUACAGAGACGUGAACUCAACUUUCAACAUGAAGCAGGCCUUUAGUGACAUGUUCGCACGCCCUGCAGUACUCAACUCAUCCUUUGUAAUCAUGGUUUCCAUUGCACUCUUCAAUUUUUUUGGUGUAUCUAUCACAAAAAAUGUUAGUGCGACGUCUAGAAGUACUGUGGAUACCUGCAGAACGUUACUUGUGUGGUGCGUGUCUCUAUCCUUGGGCUGGGAGAGCUUCAAGUUCACGCAAUUGUGUGGCUUUGCGUUGCUGGUGAUUGGCACCCUGCUCUUUAACAAUGCCAUCGAAAUCCCUGACAAAUACUUACCAAGCUACUUCUUGGAAGACAAGUCCGGGGAAAGCCAAAGGCUCAUCAACACGAUUGACGAGGAGGUUGAAAGAUUUUGA